UCAUCCUAUAAAUUUACCUAUAGAAUUUCUCGUCGUAUUAUAUAUUUUCCAAGUUUUCCAAAGAUUAGAGAGAGAAAAAAAAACUAGAGCGAUGGGAUCACAGGACGGGUUCAAUGGAUGCGAACAACCAGAGGCACUUCUGCUUUGUCAAAACGGAUGUGGGUUUUUUGGAACAGCAGCGAAUUUGAAUAUGUGUAGCAAGUGUUACAGAGAUCAUCUCAAGGUAGAAGAACAAUCUGCUUUAGCCAAAGCCGCUUUUGAGAAUUCUGCAAACCCAAAGAAAGUUUUGACAACCUCGCCAACCGAAUCAGUGGACUCUACCGGUGAUUCUAAUGUUGUUGCAAAGGAGACUGCUGCGGCUUCGUCAAGUUCUGCAUCAUCGUCAUCAUCAGCAACAUCUGAAGAAAGUGGUGCUGUAGCGAAGAAUAGGUGUUUUAGUUGUAACAAGAAAGUGGGAUUGACGGGGAUCACGUGCAAGUGCGGAUCAGUUUUCUGCUCGCUUCAUCGCUACCCUGAGAAACAUUCAUGUGAUUUCGACUACAAGAGCGUCGGAAGAGAAACGCUUGCAAAAUUGAAUCCUCAAGUCAAGGCAGACAAGAUAGAAAGGUUUUAAUAGCAUAGGUUGAUGCUAGGGUUUGGUUAUUAUGGUCAGGAAUCUCAGGAUUGGUCUUAGUAUUAUCUUUACAAUUAGAACGUUAUUAUUUUAUUUUAUUUUCAU